AGAUCUGUUUAUGAAAUGAACAACUUCAAAGUAUUUAUUUUAUGUUCAUUGAGUACAUUUCAUGGUUUUCAAAUUUAUAUAAAUUAAAAAGUAUCAAACUAUGACUACCGAAGAGGGUUUUGAACAGUUUGAAGAUGAAGAAGCUGAAAUUCCGAUUGGUGGAACAUUACCUGGCGGUAGGAAGCGAUUAUUUUCAAAGGAAUUGCGUUGUAUGAUGUAUGGUUUUGGUGAUGAUCAAAACCCUUACACAGAGAGUGUAGAUUUAUUAGAAGAUCUAGUUAUCGAAUUUAUUACUGAAAUGACACAUAGGGCUAUGGAAAUUGGACGCACUGGACGAGUGCAAGUUGAGGAUAUUGUAUUUUUAGUCAGAAAAGAUCCAAGAAAGUAUGCGAGAGUAAAAGAUUUAUUAACAAUGAACGAAGAGUUAAAGAAAGCUAGAAAAGCAUUCGAUGAAGUUAAAUAUGCAGGUACUGUUAAUCAAUAAAUUUUUUGAUGUUCUCUCAGUAUCUAUAGCAUAUGACAAAUAAUUUUUUAUUUUGCUUGAAUAUUUUGUUUUAUUAGAGAAUAGUUCUCAUGGUCUUUCUUUGUUCCUUUGUUUGUAUUUUUGUAAAAUUUACUUCAAAUUUAUGUUCGUGAUUUUGAACAAUUUGAGUAGAAUUUGUUUAGACAUAAAUAAGCUAUUCUUCAGAAAUAUUUUGUUGACAAUUAUAUAAUGCUAUCAUUAAAAAUAAGCAUUGCGUUGCAGUAGUUGCACAUUUAGGGUUUAUAAAUGUGGAAUGCUAUGUGCUUGUGUGCUGCAUUUUAGUUCUUCAUGCUUUUCUACAUACUUUAGAAAUAUAUGGAAAAUGGUGAUGUAUUUAAAAUCGCUUAGUUCCUAUUAUUAUACAAAAAAAAGUUAUGUAUAGCAGUACAUAAGUAAAUGUCUAUCCAUAAUGUAUUUCGUAAUAAUAAUUAUAUACAAGAUUUCAUUUUAAUUUUUUCCAUCUUGAACUGCAUGUAGUACCAUAUUUAUACAUGUAUAUCAACUUCGAAUAUAGGAAUAAAACUUC